GCAUCACACAGCAUAUCACUUUUUAUCAACCAUUUUUACCUGUAAUAUUCUUCAUUAACGUAUUCAAAUCGUGUGUUUACUAUAUAGUUAAUUCCAUCUGAUACAAGUGUAACUUAUACAAUCAAUCAAAAAAUCAUUUUAUUUCGUAAAUUAAUUAGUGAGUGUGUAUUUUGUCAGCAAAACUGAGUUAAUUACAGCAACAACCGUACUUUUUAUAUAACAACGCAACUUUAUCGUCUUCAUUUUUGCAAUUAAAAAUAAAAUUAGCAAAACUGGAAGUAUCAAUAAAUCAUCCGUCAACAAAAAAUGCCGAAACAAUUAAUGUCGGAUCAAAACAUCCCACAUCUGAAGGACAUCUUUGGUUUCGGCAACAACAACAUCAGCAACAAAUCCCAGGUGGCAGAACAUGGGAAGCAGGAAGAGAAUGUAGUGGCAGUAAACUACGACAGUGCCAUAUUGAUGAUGAAAUCAAUUUCCAACGAGGGGGAGAGUAUGAAAACCACCAGCAGCAACAGCAACAAAAAAGUCAAUUUACGACACCGGAACAACAGCAAAAUUCUAACAGAGAAAGACGUAAAGCAAUUAGAGCAACACCUGUCGAUGAAGAAGACUAUCCGUAAAAAAAUAAUGCGUGACUUGCAACGGGCCUUAGUCGUAGAUCCAAACGAAUUUAGAUUAGAUGAUGAUGUACCUCCAGAACAGCUCAAAGCUCAAAUAAAUAUUCAAAGCUUUAGCUUUGGUGUUCAAUUAGAAAAACACGGACAUUCUCAAAGAAAUACCAACAAUACUUUUCUGGGCAUGCUUCGUAAUAAUGCAAGAGAAAUUGAUGAUAAUUUUUCUCAUGAUGAGGAUACUGAUGAUUGUGACUCUGAUCAUAUCAAAUCACCAACAACAACAGAUCGGCUCCUAGACACAAUCAUUACGCGUCAUUGUAAUACAUCUUCUUCAAAAGAAAAUGAUUUUAAAUCAAUUAACAAUUGCGAUAAACGAUAAAUCGCUAUCAUAUUUUAUUUUUAUUACUCUAAAUUAAUCAAUUAAUUGUUGACUUAUUAUGUAGACAUAUGAUAAAUUUGAUUAAGAAAAAUUUAUAACUGUGAUAUUCGUAUACUUAAGAUUGUGUACACCACCACGCACGUACGCGCAUAUCGCGUUAUUAAUUCCAGAAGGAUUUACAUUUUUAUAUGCCCUUUUGGUUUUAGCUCCCUAAAGCCCAGACCCUGGUUAAGAACUCCGAUCGAAUCCGAUUCGAAAAUUCCAAACGAUUUUAAUCAGAAAUUUCCGAUUGACUUUCAAUCAGAUUUAAUUAGAUUUAAUCAGAGUUUUUAAUCAUGAAAAGGCUUAUAUAAAUAUAAGUUCUUUUAGAAUUAGUAACGCUAUAUAUAUGCAUAUGAUAUAUAUAUAUAUAAAAUUUUAGUGUAUUUACUAAAAUUUUAUAAUAUUAAUUCCAAUUAUUUAUAAUUACCUCACCAAU